CUCUCUCCAUUUUCUUACCUAAUAUCCAAUGCCAUUGGGGUUUGUUGAGAGAGUUAGGUAGCUCAAGUUCCUUUUCAUUCCAUUCAUCUUCUGUUUCUGCGCGAACUCAAGCUCUGAUUUUGGCGGAUUAUAGAAAACUGGAAUUUGUUCUUCGAUUUUGUCUGCAAAUCGUUUGAAACUGGAGGUGUGUAUGCUUUAUCUGAUUUUGGCGGAUUAUAGAAAACUGGAAUUUGUUCUUCGAUUUUGUCUGCAAAUCGUUUGAAACUGGAGAUGGCUCAUGGAAGUUUUAUUUGUUGAUCAUUAUUUCUUGGUUCUGUAAAUUGUCGGCUUUUGCUUUCUGUUUGAAAAUUGACAGUUGUUAUUGUUGGGUAUCGAUCCUUGGCCGCUCGGGAAGUUUUUGGGAUGCCCGUGGAUUCGGAUGUUACCUGAUGGCUGUCAAUUGAUCGUAUAGAAUAGAAUUUAGGGCUUUUGCAGAGUUGUGAUGUAAAUUUUGGGGUUUUUAACGUUGAUUGGAAAGCGGAACGCGUGAGGGAUUACGAAGCGCUUCUAAUGGGUGGAUAUUGACAGGACUGUAUAUGAAAUUUAUCAGAUUUAUCAGAUAUUGACUGAAUAUUGACAGGACUGUUUAUAUUAAGUUUCGGGAUAGGUUUAGGGAUAGGGUUAGGGAUAGGUUGCGGUACAAUUGUAAGCAGAAGCAAUGAUUAUCAAGGAAGUUGAAGAGGUUGAGGAGUCGGAGGGUAAAGAAGAAGAGAAUGUGAGGAUUGAAAGGGUUGCCAAAAGAGCAGUCGUAGGAGCAGGGGCUCGCUUCCUCUUUUAUCCAACACUUUUGUAUAAUAUUGUUCGGAACAAGCUUCAAGCGGAGUUUCGAUGGUGGGACAUGGUUGAUCAGUAUCUCUUAUUAGGUGCUGUUCCAUUUCCUAAAGACGUGCAACGCUUGAAGGAGCUUGGUGUUGGAGGAGUUGUUACACUGAAUGAGGCUUAUGAGACGCUGGUUCCUUCCUCCAUGUAUCAGGAACAAGGCAUUAAACAUCUCGUGAUUCCCACAAGAGAUUAUCUGUUUGCUCCUUCUUUUGAGGACAUACAUCGAGCUGUGGAUUUCAUUCAUGAGAAUGCAAUUUGUGGAAAGACAACAUAUGUUCACUGUAAAGCUGGAAGAGGUCGAAGUACUACAGUUGUUCUCUGUUAUCUGGUGGAGUAUAGGCAAAUGACACCUGAUGAUGCAUAUGCAUAUGUAAGGUCUAAGAGGCCAAGAGUUUUGCUGGCAGCUUCCCAGUGGAAGGCUGUUCAAGAUUACACUAAGCGGAUACACCAGAAGCAGACAAAAUUGAUUGUUCCUGUUAGAUUUUCCCUGCCAGAACAGUUUCCUAUUACGCCUCUAUACAUAUCCCAUACAUCAUAUGAAGGCAAUUUAACUGUGAACAAAACAGAGGUGAAUGUAUGUUAUGAUGAUUCAAUCGUGAUUGUGACAAGUGCUGAUCUUGAGGGAUAUAGAAGUAUUGAAAGCUCUGGUCUCAUUGGUAAUGAUAUGUGGAAUGAACUUGGAGUGACUUAUCGAGUGAGUUUUGUUGCUGCAAGAAGAGUGGUGGGAGUAGCAAGAGCUUCAGCAGCAUUUGCAAGGCUCUCCUACCUGUGGCUUGGCUGUCAGGCUGAAAGUAAGUUGUGCUCAAAAGAUCUGCCUGUGCCAUCACUUAAGGCUUUGAAAACUUUUGAAUGCUGUUCAUCUGUGGCAGAGCAGUUGCCCGGCAUGAGGACUGAUGUUCCUGUAUGCCCACAGGGUAUAGUAAAUUGUUGAGGUAUUUAUUAGGCAAAAAUGUUUUAUGCAUUGAACAGUCUGUAUGUAAACAAGAGUUGUGUACAAUUUCGUUUUCCAUUCGUCCAUAGAGCUUUAAAUGCUGCCCUUUUUAAAAUCUUAUGUUAGCUUGCACAGCACAUUCCAGGAAACAGGGCUCAGUAUGAUACUGAAGUUUAAUGCUAGUAAGGGAAUUUAAGAGCUUGCCCUUAAUUCAGGCAUUGGCAUAUGACGGUGUCAGCUUACAUGGAUAUAAGUUGCAUUUAAAAUAAGACAAGCGGUAGUGCCUUGUAAAUAAUUGCACUACAAAUGAGCAUUGACUAAGCAUGUUUGAGUUCCCCCUGUUGGAACAACAUGACAGUGCCAUAGUUACAGAAAUGUACAUGCUGACAACUAGGAGCAUGAUGCAACAAUGUUUAUUAUUGCAUUAUAUGUACAGGAUUUUAUUGAUAACUGCAAUUUUAUUAUCUUAAUAUAUACAAUGUUCUUGAUGGUUGA